AUGGCCGCGCAUAUUUACACCAAACAGAACGCUUCUUCUCCACCUUCAAUUGCAACUUUCCUUCAUUCACCACUCUUCUUUUCCCCACCUUUCGCCUUUACUUGAAGAAUGAGAUGAGAAAAACUACAAUCUAACUUCUGUUGGUAUGGAGGCCCAUAAGCUGUUUCUCAUCAAAUCCUACUUUAAAGUUUUCCAUGAACCCUUUACAGUUGAUUUGGUGCAGAGGAUAGUGAUGAAAGUUUGUAGUUUUCUAUGGGUUUUUCUCUGCAAUUUCGUGUUGGGUUUAUUUGGGCAUUUGAUCAAACGCCUGGUGAGAUCACGGAUUGAUGAUGAUCAUCAUGAGAAUAGUUUGGAUACAACUGUGGGUUUCAAUGAGCAAGAAGAGAUAAUUGUUGGGAGCUCCGCUGGUUCGAACUAUGAUGGAUUUGGUGAAGAAGAUAAACCUGAGUUUGCUUUUGGGUUUCAGUUUCAGAUUAAAGAAGAAGAUUUGAUUAGCUAUAAAGGUGUCGCUGAUGCAAAAGCAGGCGAAACAGAGAAUGCUUUCAUGGAGAACGAGCUCACAACGACGACGAACACAAGUAAGUACCAAUUCGUAUCUGUUCAAGAUUUUGGUGGGUUUGUAGCAGAGCCAGAAAUUGGUAGCUUUACUGUUCACGAAUUGUUCUUGGAAGAAGAUUCAAGGGAAGACGAUUUCAUCACAAAGAAAGGGGGAAUAAGUAAAAUUGAAGAUCAACGGCAAGAACUGAAUGAAAAUUCAAAUCUUCCAUCAAAUGGAAAAGUUGAUGGUUCCAUGGAAUCAAAGGUUUUUUCAGGUCAAAUUCUUCAAAGGGUUGAUCUUUCCAAUACGGAUUCCAUCAAUUCCGAAGAGAAAUCGAAGGAAUUUGUAGUUGGUGAUUCAGGUUGUGAAGAAGUUCAAGAAUUGCAGGAGAAAAGUCAGUUAAAUGUGGGUGAAAAUGGACUUUUGAAACCGGAGCAGGUUAAUUGGUUGGGAGAAUUUUUCAUAAGAAAUGACAAAUUUUCUUAUGGAGUUGAUUUAUCUCAGGAAAAUGAAUUCAAUUCUCUUGAUCAUCAGGUUGAAUCAGAUGAUUCCAGUGAGGGAUAUUUUUCAAUUAGCCCUCAGGAUGUUGAUUCUGCUAGUAAUAAUGAGUUCUCUUCUGUCAAGGAAAGAGAGCCGGAAACUUCGAUUCCUCCUGUUUCAGAAGAGAUUGAUGAUGAUUUCAUUGAUCUCGAACCCCAUCUUGAAAAUCUUGAGAUGGAACUACAGAAUUCUGAUUCUAGUGUCAUACAUGAAUUGGUUUCCGGUUUGGACAACUCAAUGGAAUCAGAAAAUGGACUCAUGAAAAGCGUCAAAUUUGAGGAAGAAGAUAAGGUAAACUCUUGGGAUGUUGAUUCAGACGAUGAAGACGAAGACGAUGUUUUGUUGGAACAUCAAGAGUUGAUUGGUCAGAUGAAAAUGGAGUUGAAGAAUGCAAGAACUGGAGGUCUUCCUACCAUUCUUGAAGAAAGUGAAACUCCAAGAAUAAAAGAAGAUUUGAAACCAUUAAAGAUCAAUGAGAAGUUGGAGCAUAGAGAUCAGAUGGCUGAAAUUCAGAAGUUCUACAAGAGCUACACCGAGAAAAUGCGAAAAUUAGAUGUCUUGAAUUACCAAACGUUGCAGGCCAUCAAUUUUCUGAGAAUGAAGAAUCCAGACCAGUUGAACACAGGAGAAAACACGUCACUCUCAGCACUCAAAUCGGUUAUUUUCCCCAGUUUUUGGCCAUGCAAACUAAGAAGAAUUUAUGCAGACCCAACACUUAAAUCCGUCACCGAGUUACAUAAAGAUUUAGAAAUCGUGUAUGUUGGACAAGCUUGUCUUUCAUGGGAGAUUCUCCAUUGGCAAUACAAGAAAGCCAAAGAAUUACAGUUGUAUGAUCCUCAAGGGUACCGAUCGUAUGACCAAGUUGCCAUUGAGUUUCAACAGUUUCAUGUGCUUCUUCGAAGAUUCACAGAAGAUGAAAUGUUUCAAGGGCCUAGAGUUCAGAACUACGCCAAGCAGCGUUGCAUCCUUCGAGGCCUUCUUCAAGUUCCAGCCAUCAAAGAUGGAAAUUUGAAAGAAAGGAAGGCAAGAAAAGAAGAGGAAGGAGAUGCAGUUCCAAUAUCAACAAUGGCCAGCAUGAUCAAAGAAUCAAUGACGGUUUUCUGGGAAUUCCUGCACACUGAUAAAGAUACCACCAAUUUGUUCUUAACCAUAAUCCUUCAGGGCAGUAAAGCACAUCUCCAAGAUCCUGCAGAUUCAGAUCUUUUCAUGGACAUCAAAACAACUCACCAAAAGAAGGAGAAGAGGCUAAAGGACAUGCUGAGAACAGGAAACUGCAUAGUGAAAAAGUUUCAGAAACAUCAAGAAACAAUCUUGGAUCAACACAUGUUUGUUUCACAAGUUGAAUUAAAGUUGGUUUCAAGAGUGUUGAGCUUGCCAAGAUUGAGUAGAGACCAACUGGUUUGGUGCCAAAGUAAGUUAAACAACAUCAAGUUCAUCGAUCGAAAGAUCCAAGUGGAAGAUAGCUUGUUUUUGCUUUUCCCAUGUUGAAAAAGCAGUAUAAGUUAUGAAAUAGAGAGUAUGAAGUUAUAUCCCACUUCUCCAUCUGUGAUCCAUGGUUUUUUUGAAAGGAAGGUAGAGAAGUAGUGGAUCCAGUAGGUAAAACUAGAACUCUUUUUAAGUUAUUUUCAAGGGAUGAAUAUGUAUGUAUGUAUGCUAUAUAUGUAUAUGGAUUUUGAAAUCUUCUGUUAAUGAAAUUUUCAUUGUAGAUUUGAAGGUGUAAUGCUCACAUUGAAUUAU